AUGGCACUCGACGACAAGAUCAGACACCAGCAUCACGACGAUGAAGUCGGAUUGCCACAUAGUGUCAAUCGUGACGAGUUAGUCACACCGGAAUAUGUCGAGGGCACUCCCGAUGAGGCGAAGCUUGUUCGCAAGAUCGACCUCAGACUGAUGCCGACGCUCAUUGUCAUGUACAUUUUCAAUUAUCUCGAUCGUACGAACAUUGGUAACGCGAAGGUCGGGGGAAUGCAGACCGACCUUAAGCUGACCUCCUCCGACUACUCGCUCGUCCUCAGCAUAUUCUUCGUCGGUUACUUGAUCUUCGAGCCACCUGCUGUCAUGAUACUGGCGCGGACGAGACCCAGCAUAUUCCUACCAGCGAUCAUGACUGCGUGGGGUGCCGUCUCGGUGGCCGUCAAGGGGAUCGACAGCCUUGGAGGCAUGCUUGCGUUCCGAGUCGUGCUUUCUUUGCUUGAAGCUGGCUUCUUUCCCGGGGUGAUGCUACUGCUCUCCUGCUGGUACAAGCCUAGCGAGCUAUCAAAGCGUAUCGCUAUAUUCUACUGCGGUACAAUCCUUGCUGGCGCAUUUGGCGGCCUUUUGGCUGGAGGUAUCAUAGAUGGCAUGGAAGGCGUCGGAGGAGUUAGAGGUUGGAAAUGGCUCUUCAUAAUCGAGGGACUGGCCACUGUCAUUGUGGGAGUCGUGGCGUUCUUCACGUUACCCGACUACCCGCAAAACACCAAAUGGCUCUCCGAAGACGAACGACGCCUGGCAUCUAUGCGCCUGAUCAUCCGGGAGGACCUCGACGAGAAGAUGCCCUACAAGAAAGCCAUCCUCCUCUCCAUUCGCGACCCCAAGCUGUGGCUCUUUAUGCUAGCCCUGAACGUCAUACUAGCCUCCGGCACAGUCUCCUACUUCUUUCCCACUCUGAUGGGCGCUCUUGGUUACAAGGGCCGCAUGGUCCAAUUCAUGACCGUACCCAUCUACGCCGUCACACUGGUCAUCAACCUGGCCAUGGGCUUCUCCGCCGACUACACCCGCCAGAAAGCGUUCCAUGUCAUAGGCUGUGCCGGUCUCGCUGUGCUCUCCUUCAUCAUCUGCGCCGCAAGCACCAGUUUCCCGGUGCGCUACGCCUUCAUCUGCUUCGCUUCGCCGGUCACCAUGUUUCCUGGACGCGAGAGACGGGCGGUCAGCGUGCCUCUGAUCAAUGGCUUCGGAAACCUGGCGUCUGUGUAUGGCUCUGUACAUUGUGGCUUUGCCACGAUGACUUGCUUCAUGUUCAUUGCUGGCGUUACAGCAUUCGUUGUUAAGUGGAUCUGGGAUGACAAGGGCCUGGAGAGGAUUGACUACGCAGCUCAGGAGCGUCAGGAGGAGGCGGAGCGGAGAAAGAUCUAG